AUGGAUGCACGCACAAGAAUUCGUGAAGUUGUAGGACGUUUGAGCGGAGAAACAGUAACAACAAGAAGGAAGCUUGUGCAUGUCCCACCUAUGGAAGAACAUUGUCGGCUUGGUGUGCUGUCUAUGCCACGUUUGAAGUAUGUCGCUCCUAGAAUCGCCCUGAACUUUCACAGAUUUACCGCCCUCUACGUUUUGAUUAGCUGUCUUGUUUGGACGUAUACGUUUUUCUGGUAUCCCUUCGCCCUCCUGGCCCUUUACGUAGGCGUCCUUGUCAAUACAGUUGUUGCCCUAAUUGGGCCAUUGAUCUUACAGCCUCAAUUCUUCAUCCAAACGCAUCAUGUCAUGUUCGUCGUCACAGUCAUUACCUUUGCAUUCAUGAUAUGGCUUCUUCCUUUCUGGAAGUUCAUGCGUUCCUUCCUGUACAUUGGCUUUUAUACCGGCCUUCAUGCUGUGUUUACUGCGACAAACAAUCCCUCUGGCCUGCUGUAAAGAAAAGUGAAGUUGAAAUGCCUGUGCGCAGUUGCCAUUGCUUCUUUCCGCCCUGAGCCUGUCUCAGCACACGUACAUCUCUCAUUGUGUCCAACCCGACUGAUCCAUCAACACUCUGUGAGUUUUCCACUGUGUACGAAGCAACUGUCACGGCUCUUGUAUUGCUUUACUACUCAUCGAGUCUUGUUUUUUUUUUCCCUAUCGUUUUACCUUAUACUUAUUCCUAUGACUAUUCAUUCUAACUAGUAGAUUUUUGUGCGAGAGUGAGUGUAAAACUCGAGUGGGUUCGUUUCAAAGGUUGACACUUCGUAUAAGCAACCGGGGACACUGUUAGAGGCUG